AUGAAUGAAAGGGGGCAAGAAAAACCUUCCGAGCGGUCUACGGCAUGUGCCACUUGUGGAAAGACGUUUGCCCGUUCUGACACUCUUCUCCGCCAUGAGAAGAGCCACCAAGCCACCGAGGAUAGAGGCCCAGUCCAUCGUGUCACACAUGGCACCUUUCGGGCUUGUCUUGCUUGUGCGACAGCAAGGUCGAGAUGCUCCGGCGGAGUACCAUGCGGGCGAUGCAAUGUCCGCAACAUCGAGUGCACUUAUCCCAACAAGCGGCGGAAGGGUUCCUCUCCAGUCGAGUAUGCCAAAGUGGAGGGCGAAGGAUCGAAGCAGCAGCUUCUAGGGCAUUUCAGUCAACUGGUCUUUUCAGACAAUGAAUCUAAUUCAUAUACGUCCAACAGCCAUGACAGGAGGUCACCCGUUUCGACAAUCCUCGCGGACACUGUUCCUGGCCCCAAUCCCGUGCCGUCUUCUUUUAUACAGCCAGGCUUUGCGAGCUAUAACGCAAACAACAUGCCCUCGUCUCAUAGCGAGCAACAACCUCUGGACUCCGGCGCGAUAAAUCCAGUUUCGGGUCAAUUGCUGCAACCUGACAACUAUGCGACCACGACAGUCAAUCCUCAUUUUCAAGCCGACUUUGGCGGAUCUGCCCCAUCUUACGAUUACACAGCGUUCGAUGAGCCUCUGAAUUGGAUACCACCAAGCAUCUAUCCCUCGCCUUACGAUGCCGAACUUGAGCAGGAUUUCUCAUUCAUUCUGCCUCCCUUGUCCGAUACCACCAAUCUUGGAACGGAUUAUGGCGUGGCGAUUCCGCUCGAUCCAGAUGCUGGAAUAUUCCAGGUGACAAGCAAUGCCCCUCCGGAAUUGUCUGGGAACCAGGCAGUCCCGACCUCUUUAAUGACAAUGGGAAGUCCUGCGUCAUCUACAAGCGACGGCCUGAAUGGAACGAAAGCAAACAGCAACUCAACCAUCCCGUCUGACCUUAGACGCAAGAAACGCAAAGCAUCCUUUCCCCUCGAAGCCUUUAGUCGGCCAAGGGAAUAUAAAUCGGGCUAUUCAUUCUCAGACUCUUGCGAUCUUCCAGACGCAUUAUCAACUAGCGGUGCCCUAGAGUAUUGUUCUCAGUCCUCUUACGAUACCAUUUCGAGGUUGUUCCGGAGAUUGUGCGGGGAGAAUGCAUUGUCGCACCCUUUCGAAAGUACUUCAUUCCCAAGUCUGCAAGCCCUGAAUCAUUCUAUCGGUCUCUAUUUUGACAACUUCCAUCCGACACACCCUAUCAUUCACCGAGCGUCUUUCGGACCCCAAUCCCAUUGGCUUGUGGUGCUGGCCACCGCAACCAUAGGCAGCACUUUCUCGAAAAUCCCCAACGCUCUUGACAUGCAGGACGCGUUUCAGGAAUUUCUAAGACGUGCUAUCCAACAGUAUGCAGAUGGUGCUCCUGAUGUCACUCUAGAUAUACCGCUGGCUCAAGCCCGGAUCUUGAAUCUUAUCGGGAUGGUCCAGGCGGACCGUGAGCAAUUGCGGUCGAUGGCCCCACGGUAUCAUGCAGACUUGUCGCGUUGGUGUCUAGAGUCCGGCGUACUUCAGCUACCAGAGACCGGACCCGAGCUAGACGCCCAUGGUGAAGCAACCAUCGAUCAUGUACAAUCUUGGCAGCAAUGGAUCAGGUCAGAGUCAUUGCGUCGGAUUGGGUACACGGCCUGGUUGUUGGACUGUUGUCUCGGCUACAUGUCAAAUGCUCGACCGCUGUGUAAUAUGGACGAUGCGAGAACGCCGUUGCCCUGCGCUGAAUCUGCCUGGGAUGCAGCUUCUCCGGAGGCAUGUGCCGAAGCCAGACAGAAAUUGCCCAAGACACCCUCACUGUGUGCGGCACUUGAAACCCUCUACAACACAAAGACAGUCGACCCCACCUACAGUGAACUAUCACAAACUCUGUUGAUUCAUGCUCUUUAUCUACGCACAUGGGAAGUCGGCACCCAUAUUAAGCAACCACUAAGCGAGUGGGUUCCUACCGGUAAAGCCCGAGGAUUCUUGAACACUCCAUCGAAAGACAACUUCUGGCUUCCUCUGUACCCCCUCUAUGCGAAUUGGCGCAACAGCGCUUGUGACUGUCUUGAUGUGCUUCAAUGGCAGGCAUCCAGCGUCGUUGCCAAAGCCUCCGGGAUUGAACAUCCCGUGGUUCUCCACCUCCACCUAGCCCGGAUCGUUCUUCUCACCCCAUUCCAGGAGAUACAAGAUUUGCUGUUUUCGCUCAUAGGUAAGGUCGGAAACUCAUCCAGAGCGUCAUUCUAUGUGCAUGAUGGCAGCUACCAGCCACGCAAUAGCGCAAAGUUGACACAGAUCCGCAAAAUAACAUGGCGCUGGCUACGGGAGGAGCAACACAAGGCCCGGCUAGCCAUGGUCCACGCCGGCUCGGUGUUCUGGUACGUUCGACGGUAUUCUGCGACCAGCUUCUUCGAACCGGUGGCCGUGUAUCUUGCCGCUCUUGUGCUGUGGACUUAUGGUUCAUACAAAUCUGCUGCUCUGGAACGUGAUGCUGCCGCUGCCAAUCAGCGACCCGAAGGAGGGCCGAGCGGGCCUGAUGCAGGCGCGGCUAUCCAGCCCUCUCGCGUGGAAAGAAAGGAGCAUCCAGCAAAAUUCAUCCACAAGGCUUCCACCCAGCCUGGAAACCACUCUGGUCCAACAACACCACAAAACCCAACCUUAUCGAGGCCUGGCGUUGGGAAACAGGGACCUUCGGCUCCUUUGAACCCCGCUGUUGGCGAUUUCGAUGCCCCGGCCUCUUCUCCACCCCGGAGUUCUGACUCAGAUAGCGAUGAUGGAACCUCGUCGUCGGAUGAACAACCAGAGUUUAUUCAUCUUGACCGGCCUUGUGACGAUGAAAUGAUACAGCACUUUGUUCGCAAUGGUCACAACAUGUCUGGCCACAUGAGCAACGUGGGAGAUAUUUGCAAGACGCCACAGAAGGUUUUACUGGAGGGAGCCAAGUUAUUACGAACAAGACUGGCGUGUUGGGGCGUGAGCAGAGAAUAUCACAAUAUUUUGACAAAGUUGGCAGAGCUCAGAAAGGCGGGAUAA